UGUGAACCUCGGUAGGCCAGUUCUGAAGGAUCUCUAUGAAAAUUUCAAAGCUUCUUUGGAAUCAGAAAAUACUGCAAGACGAUUGGUGGCUUACUUCUCCCAUGACACCAUGAUCGAGAUGGCGCUGUGUGCGAUGGGGCUCUACCAAGACAACUUUGUACUUCAAGGGUCGAAGAUAGACCCUGACCGGCUGUGGAGGACCAGUUUCAUUGGGAGCUUCGCUGCGAACAUCCUGGCUGUUUUGAAUACUUGCAACGAAACAGAUGGCCAGAACUACCGAGUCCAGAUCUUCUUCAACGAAAAAGUGACUGACCUCUGUCCUCUAGAAGGGUGUUCGUGGGAGGAGUUCGACGCUUACUUCCAGAAGUAUACCGCAGCCACCUUGGACUUCUGUAGUAUGGACUACACGGGCCCAGAAGUACUCUGAUGACUUGGA